AUGUUUAAACGGUUUAGUGUCGAUGAGCACGUAAGCACGAGCAGCAAAGUCAAGUCCUCGCAACAGCGUAGUAUCCGCUCAAAGAUAGUGGAGAAAUAUCCAGAGUUGGAACCAUAUGCCGAGCUGCUUAUGCCAAAGAAGGCACCAAUGGUCGUAGCCAAGUGCCACAACCACAUUCAGAUCGUGUUGCAUGAAGGUGAACCCAUUUUCUAUAAUCAGCGUGAUGGACCCUUCAUGCCGACGCUCAAACUACUUCAUAAGGUGCCACAUGUUAUGAAACAAGUUCGUGCUGACAAAGGUGCAAUUCCAUUUGUGCUCUCGGGUGCGAACGUUAUGUGCCCCGGAUUGACAUCGGCUGGUGGUGACAUGCCCGAGUCUCUGGAGGCUGGGACUCCAGUGGCUAUUAUGGCAGAAGGCAAGGAGCACGCCAUGGCAAUUGGCAUCCUUACAAUGUCUACUGAUGAUAUCCGGAACACGAACAAGGGCGUGGCUAUUGAGAUGGUGCAUUUUCUCGGCGAUGAUCUCUGGACGUGCUCACACAUCGAUUAG